AUGCCAACACAACUCAAUCUCCAACCACCACAACCCCGCUCAACAAACCCAACCUACUCCAAGGCAAAAAACAAACAACCAACAGCUGCAACCACAACAAAAACUCCAUCUCCAACCACCACACCCCUGCUCCACCCCAACCAAAAUCCUGCAGCCAAACCACUCCAUUCUCCAAACCACCCCAACCCCAAGCCUGCAACCGCCAACAACUCCAUCUCCAACCACAAACAACCCCAAGCUGCAAACCACAGCACUCCAUCUCCAACCACAAUAAACCCCAGCUGCAACCACAACAUCCAUCUCCAACCACAACAACCCCUGCUGCAACUCACCAACAACUCCAUCCUCCAACCGCAACAACCCCGACUGCAAACCACAAGCAAACUUCCAUCUCCAACCGACAACAACCCAGCUGCAACCAGCAACCCCCGAACUCCAUCUCCAACCACAACAACCCCUGCAGCAACCACAACAACACCUGCUGCAACCACAACAACUCCAUCUCCAACUACAACAACCCCUGCAGCAACCACAACAACUCCAUCUCCAACCACAACAACCCUGCAGCAACCACUCCAUCUCCAACCACAACAACCCCUACAGCAACCACAACAACUCCAUCUCCAACCACAACAACCCCUAAUCCAGCAAGACAACCCAACUCCAUCUCCAACCCAAACAAUCCCUGCAAGCCCCAACCACUCCUCUCCAACCACACAACCCCUACGCAACCACAAACAACUCCCCAUGCUCCCAACCACAACAAUCCCUGCAGCAACCACUCCAUCUCCAACCACAACAACCCCUACAGCAACCACAACAACUCCAUCUCCAACCACAACAAUCCCUGCAGCAACCACUCCAUCUCCAACUACAACAUCCCCUGCUGCAACCACAACAACUCUACCUCCAACCACAACAAGCCCUGCUGCGACCACAACAACUCCAUCACAAACAACAUCAACCCCUGCAGCAACAACAACUCCAUCUCUAAACACAACCAACCCAACCCCAGCUUGCAACCACAAACAACCUCCAUCUCCAACCACAACAACCCCUACAGCAACCACAACAACUCCAUCUCCAACCACAACAAACCCUGCAGCAACCACUCCAUCUCCAACCACAACAACCCCUACAGCAACCACAACAACUCCAACUCUAUCUCCAACCACAACAACCCCUACAGCAACCACAACAACUCCAUCUCCAACCACAACAACCCCUGCAGCAACCACAACAACUCCAUCUCCAACCACAACAACCCCUACAGCAACCACAACAACUCCAUCUCCAACCACAACAACCCCUGCAGCAACCACAACAACAACCACUCCAUCUCCAACCACAACAACCCCUACAGCAACCAUAACAACUCCAUCUCCAACCAGAACAACCCCUGCAGCAACCACAACUCCAUCUCCAACCACAACAACCCCUGCAGCAACCACUCCAUCUCCAACCACAACAACCCCCACAGCAACCACAAUAACUCCAUCUCCAAACACAACAAACCCUGCAGCAACCACAACUCCAUCUCCAACUACAACAACUCCUGCUGCAACCAGAACAACUGCAUCUCCAACCACAACAACUCCAUCACAAACUACAUCAACCCCUGCAGCAACAACUACAACUUCAUCUCCAAGCACAACAACCACAGCUGCAACCACAACAACUCCAUCUCCAACCACAACAACCCCUGCUGCAACCACAACAACUCCAUCUCCAACCACAACAACCCCAGCUGCAACCACAACAACUCCAACUCCAUCUCCAACCACAACAACCCCAGCUGCAACCACAACAACUCCAUCUCCAACGACAACAACCCCAGCUGCAACCACAACAACUCCAUCUCCAACCACAACAACCCCUGCAGCAACCACAACAACACCUGCAGCAACCACAACAACUAAACCUCCAACCACAACAACCCCAUCUACAACCACAACAACGCCAUCUCCAACCACAACAACCUCAGCUGCAACCACAACAACUCCAUCUCCAACCACAACAACCCCUACUGCAAACACCAACAAUGCCACUACAACUCAAUCACCAACCACAACAACCCCUACUGCAAUCACAACAUCUUCACAAACCACAACAAACAUUGAUUCAACAAAGACAACUCCAUCUCCAACCACAACAUCCUCUUCAGCUACCACAACAACUCCAUCUCUAACCACAACAUCCCCUGCUGCAACCAUAACAACUCCAUCACCAACCACAACAACCCCAGCUGCAACCACAACAACCUCAUCAGCAACCAUGAAUCCAUCACCACCCACAUCUACCCCAGCUCAAACUACAACAUCCUCAACUCUAACCACAACAACUCUUUCCCGGACACCAACCACAACAGCAGCAGGUCCAACUACAACUCAACCAUCAGCUCUUCCUACAACCACUCCAACUCCAACUACCAUCUCAGCUCAACAGAGACGACUUGCAAUCUUUAGUAGAGCACUAGGCCUCUUAAUGAGAUUGGCAGCGAGACUGAGAGGCCAAUCGGGGAAGAGACACAAAAGGAAUGCCUUGAACUAUAGCAUAGAUACAUCAGUUUCUGGAAACCUGACGAUAUCACCAUACUGUGGUGUGCAAACCUCAGUCGCAGGCUCCACUGCAGAGGUCAUCAGCACUUUAGUUGAUUACUUCAACAAUUUACAAACAAGCACUUCACCUGACGAGGCUGAAUGCAUGACUUCAUUGCUCUCAGAAGUAGUUACAAAGUUGGAAAGUGGAGAAAUCGCUAAUAUUACAGAUGCGGCUUUGGCAGCCAAAAUCGACAACACUACCUUGAUGCUAUCUACACUUAUACAACAACUGGAAGGACAAGCGUCAACAGCAGCAUCUGCCAUAACUUCUUCUCAAACCAACACAACUCAAUCACCAACAACAACAACUCCAUCACCAUCCACCAAAACCCCUGCAGCAACCACAACAACUCCAUCACCAACCACCACAACCGCUGAAGCAACCACAACUCCUUCACAAGCAACAACUCCUUCAUCAACCACAACUCCACCAAUCACGACUACAUUUCCAGCCACAACAUCUGUAGCAACCACAACAACUCCAUCACCAACCACCAAAACCCCUGCAGCAACCACAAAAAAUCCUCCAACCACAACAACACCAUCUCCAACCGCAACAACCCCUGCUUCAACCACAAAAACUCCAUCUCAAACCACAAUAACCCCUGCAGCAACCACAACAACACCAUCCCCAACCUCAACAACCCCUGCAGCAACCACAACAACUCCAUCUCCAACCACAACAACCACUGCAACAACCAAAACAACUCCACCUCCAACCACAACAACCCCUGAAGCAACUACAACAACUCCAACUCCAACCAAAACAAACCCUGCAGCAACCACAACGACUCCAUCUCAAACCACAUCAACCCCUGCAGCAACCACAACUAAAUCUCACACCACAACCCCUGCAGCAACUACAACAACGCCAUCUCCAACCACAACAACUCCAUCUCCAACCACAACACCCACUGCAUCAACCACAACAACCUCUGCAGCAACCACAACUAAAUCUCACACCACAACCACUGCAGCAACUACAACAAAACCAUCUCCAACUACAACAACCCAAGCAGCAACCACAACAACCCCUGUAGCAACUACAACUCCAUCUCCAAUCACAACAACCCAAGCAGCAACCACAACAACCCCUGUAGCAACUACAACUCCAUCUCCAACCACAACAACCCAAGCAGCAACCACAACAACCCCUGCAGCAACCACAACUAAAUCUCACACCACAACCACUGCAGCAACUACAACAACACCAUCCCCAACCACAACAAACCCUGCAGCAACCACAACAACCCCUGUAGCAACUACAACUCCAUCUCCAAUCACAACAACCCUUGCUGCAACCACAACAACACCAUUUCCUGCAACAACUACAAGAACUCCAUCUCCAACAACAACAACCCAUGCAGCAACCACAACAAAUCUAUCCCCAGCCACAACAACCCCUGCAGCAACCACAACAACACUAUCCCCAACCACAACAACCCCUGCUUCUACCACAACAACCCCAUCCCCUACCACAACAAUCUCUGCAGCAACCACAACAACUCCAUCUCCAACCACAACAACCUCUGUAGCAACUACAACUCCAUCUCCAACCACAACAACCCCAGCAGCAAACACAAAAACUCAAUCACCAACCACCACAACCCCUGCAGCAACCACAACAACUCAAUCUACAACUAAAACAACCCCUUCAGCAACCACAACAUCUCCAUCACCAACCACCACAACCCAUGCAGCAACCACAAUAUCUCCAUCACCAACCACCACAACCCCUGCAGCAACCACAACAACUGCUGCAACUCCAUCACCAACCACAACAACUCAAUCACCAUCCACCUCAACCCCUGCAGCAACCACAACAACUCCAUCACCAACCACAACAACACAAUUACCAACCACCACAACUCAAUCACCAACCACAUCAACACCUGCAGCAACCACAACAACUCAAUCACCAACCACAACAACUCAAUCACCAACCACCACAACCCCUGCAGCAACCACAACUCAAUCACCAACCACCACAACCCCUGCAGCAACCACAACAACCCAAUCACCAACCACAACAACUAAAUCACCAACGACCACAACAUUUGCAUCAACUACAUCAACCCCAGCAGCAACCACAACAACUCCAUCACCAACCACAACAACUCAAUCACCAACCACCACAACCCCUGCAAUCACCAAUUACAACAAUCCCUGCAGCAACCACAACUCAAUCACCAACCACCACAACUCCUGCAGCAACCACAACAUCUCCAUCACCAACCACCAAAACCCCUGCAGCAACCACAACAACCCCUGCAGCAACUACAACUCCAUCACCAACCACAACAACUCAAUCCCCAACCAAAAAACAACCACUGCAGCAACCACAACAACCCCUGCAGCGCUCACAACAACUCAAUCACCAACCACCACAACCACACCAACUCCAUCACAAACCACAUCAACCCCUGCAGCAACCACAACAACUCCAUCACCAACCACCACAACCCCUGCAGUAACCACUACAACUCAAUCACCAACCACCACAACCCCUGCAGCAACCACAACAACUCAAUCACCAACCACCACAACCCCUGCAGUAACCACUACAACUCAAUCACCAACCACCACAACCCCUGCAGCAACCACAACAACUCAAUCACCAACCACCACAACCCCUGCAGCAACCACAACAACCACAACUCAAUCACCAACCACCACAACUCCUGCAGCAACCACAACAUCUCCAUCACCAACCACCACAACCCCUGCAGCAACCACAACAACUGCUGCAGCAACCACAACAACCCAUGCAGCAACUACAACUCCAUCACCAACCACAACAACUAAAUCCCCAACCAAAACAACCACUGCAGCAACCACAACAACCACUGCAGCGCUCACAACAACUCAAUCACCAACCACCACAACCACACCAACUCCAUCACAAACCACAUCAACCCCUGCAGUAACCACUACAACUCAAUCACCAACCACCACAACCCCUGCAGCAACCACAACAACUCAAUCACCAACCACCACAACUCCUGCAGCAACCACAACAAAUGCUGCAGCAACCACAACAACCCAUGCAGCAACUACAACUCCAUCACCAACCACAACAAUUAAAUCCCCAACCAAAACAACCACUGCAGCAACCACAACAACCCCUGCACGCGCUCACAACAACUCAAUCACCAACCACCACAACCCCUGCAGUAACCACUACAACUCAAUCACCAACCACCACAACCCCUGCAGCAACCACAACAACUCAAUCACCAACCACCACAACUCCUGCAGCAACCACAACAACUCCAUCAUCAACCACAAUUCCUGCAGCAACCACAACUCAAUCACCAGCCACCACAACCCUGCUGCAACAACAACAACUCCAUCACCAACCACCACAACCCCUGCAGCAACCACAACAACUCAAUCACAAACCUCAACAACCCCUGCAGCAACCACAACAACUCAAUCACCAACCUCGACAACUCCUACAGCAACCACAACAACUCCAUCACCAACCACCACAACCCCUGCAGCAACAACAACAACUCCAUCACCAACCACCACAACCCCUGCAGAAACCACAACUCAAUCACCAACCACGACAACCCCUACAGAACAACAACAAUCAAAUCACCAAACCACGACAACCCCUCUAGCAACCACAACAACUCAAUCACCAACCUCGACAACUCCUACAGCAACCACAACAACUCAAUCACAAACCUCAACAACUCCUGCAGUAACCACAACAACUCAAUCACCAACCUCGACAACUCCUACAGCAACCACAACAACUCAAUCACAAACCUCAACAACUCCUACAGCAACCACAACAACUCAAUCACAAACCUCAACAACUCCUACAGCAACCACAACAACUCAAUCACAAACCUCAACAACUCCUACAGCAACCACAACAACUCAAUCACAAACCUCAACAACUCCUACAGCAACCACAACAACUCCAUCACCAACCACGACAACCCCUACAGCAACCACAACAAUUCCAUCAUCAACCAUGACAACCCCUACAGCAACCACAACAACUCAAUCACCAACCACGACAACCCCUACAGCAACCACAACUCAAUCACCAACCACAACAACCCCUGCAACAACCACAACAACAUCAUCACCAACCUCAACAACCCCUGUAGUAACAACAACUUCAUCAGCAACCAAGAAUCCAUCACCACCCACAUCUACCCCAGCUCAAACUACAACAUCCUCAACUCUAACCAUAACAACUCUUUCCCUGACACCAACCACAACAGCAGCAGCUCCAACUACAACUCAACCAUCAGCUCCUCCUACAACCACUCCAACUCUAACUACUCCCAUAUCAGCUCAACAGAGACGACUUGCAAUCUUUAGUAGAGCACUAGGCCUCUUAAUGAGAUUGGCAGCGAGACUGAGAGGCCAAUCGGGGAAGAGACACAAAAGGAAUGCCUUGAACUAUAGCAUAGAUACAUCAGUUUCUGGAAACCUGACGAUAUCACCAUACUGUGGUGUGCAAACUUCAGUCACAGGCUCCACUGCAGAGGUCAUCAGCACUUUAGUUGAUUACUUCAACAAUUUACAAACAAGCACUUCACCUGACGAGGCUGAAUGCAUGACUUUAUUGCUCUCAGAAGUAGUUAUAAAGUUGGAAAGUGGAGAAAUCGCUAAUAUUACAGAUGAGGCUUUGGCAGCCAAAAUCGACAACACUACCUUGAUGCUAUCUUCACUUAUAAAACAACUGGAAGGACAAGCGUCAACAGCAUCAUCUACCAUAUCUUCUUCACAAACCACCACAACUCAAUCACCAACUACAACACCUCCAUCACCAACCACCACAACUCCUGCAGCAACCACAACAAUUGCUGCAGCAACCACAACAAGUCAAUCACAAACCACAACAACCCCUGCAGAAACCUCAACAACUCAACCACCAACCACCACAUCCCAUGCAGCAACCACAACAACUCAAUCACCAACCACCACAACCCCUGCAGCAACCACAACAAUUCAAUCACCAACCACAACAACUCAAUCACCAACCACCACAACCCCUGCAGCAACCACAACAACUCAAUUACCAACCACCAAAACCCCUGCAGCAACCACAACAACUCAAUCACCAACCACCACAACCCCAGCAGCAGCCACAACAACUGCUGCAGCAACAACAACAACCCCUGCAACAACCACCACAAUCCCUGCAGCAACCACCACAACCCCUGCAGCAACCACAACAAAACCCCUGCAGCACCACAACAACCAUUACAGCAACCACCACAAAAACCCCUGCAGCAACCACCACAACCCCUGCAGCAACCGCCACAACCCACUGCAAAAGCCACAACCCCUGCAGCAACCACCACAACCCCUGCAGCAACCACCACAACCCCUGCAGCAACCACAACAACUCCGUCACCAACCACCACAACCCUCGCAGCAACUACAACAACUCAAUCACUAA